UUUGCUAUAUUUUUAAUUUGUUAACUGAAAUAGGAGGAAGUUAACAUUCCUUUCAUGCAGCCGAGAGCUAAGGAACUUUAAUCACAAGAUUUGAUUUGACCAGGGCAGUGACCAGUGCCUUUGCAAACAAAAAAUCAUUUGAUGACACCUAUAUGCCUCUUGUGAUUGAUUUGAACUCAAUAUCUUAUAUUUCCAAGUGAUCUUUUGUUCAGAGAAGAUGAAGAUUGUUAUACUACUUCUUGGUUGUGCUCUUUGCUUAUCAACAUGUUCUGGCCAAGAGCAAGAGGCUGUUCAGGAUGAUCAGCAAGCUGGUCAUGCAGAUGAAGCUAGUGGAAAUGUGGAAAAGGAAGCAGAUCAUGCCCCGCUCUCAGGUUUUACUGUGGAGGAUUCCAGCUGGAAGAUUGUCUGGCAUGGAAGCUCUGAUGUUGAUCUGCUGAAUGCCCCUGACAUGGAGUCAAUUUUGAUGCUGACCAAGGACAAUGAGCAGUACAACUGCCAAGUGGAGAGUGUGAAAAAGCCGAAUGAGGAGGAGGACGCGUCGUACGACGGCCCCAACCCUCUGCAGCUGAUGGAGCCUCUGUUCAACAAGCUGGCCUGCUCAUACAGGCUGGAGUCGUACUGGACGUACGAGGUGUGUCACGGCGACUACGUGCGCCAGUACCACGAGACCAAGGAGGGCAAGCAGACCAAGCUGAUCGAGUAUUACCUGGGCAGAUACAGCAAGGAGACGCUGCAGACAGAGGUGGAGGAGUGGGAUGCCGCCCUGAAGAGUGACCCGGCCUCUCGGCGACCCAGGACGCUAAGGCUGGAGGAGAUCGACCUCCCCUACCUGGAGGUAACAUACAGCGGCGGCACGGUGUGCGACCUGACGGGCCGCCCGCGCCAGACGCUGGUGCGGUACGUCUGCCACGCGGCCGGCCGGCACGAGGUGGUCUCCUUCCAGGAGACGUCCUCCUGCCAGUACGUCAUCGUGGUGCUGUCACCGCUGCUCUGCGCCCACCCAGACUACAGGGUGACGGCGGACGUGGAGCACCUGAUCCACUGUAUCGCCCUGUCCAACUCGCCCAAGCGGCCGCGCUCGCUGCUGGAGCUGGAGGCGCAGAGUCUGGCGCUGCGGCACGGUCUGCGGCCGGUGGACGGCGCGCCGGCCGCCGCCCCCGCCGCCGCCCCCGCCCCCGCCGAGGACGGGCCCGACCCGGAUACGACGCCUGCGGACGCCGAGCCGCCGCCGAUCACCACCGCCCGGCCGCUGGCCGUCUACGACGAGAAACUGGUCGAGGACUUCCUGGCCGGCCGGCACUGCCUCAACGGGGGCACCGGCUGGUGGCGCUACGAGUUCUGCCACGGCAAACGGGUCGACCAGUACCACGUGAACCGAGACGGCACGCGAACGGUCAUCCACCUGGGCUUCUUCAGCCGCGACGUGCACCGCGAGUGGCUGACGCACAACCCGCAGAAACGUCCGCGGCCGGCCGCCGGACGGCGACACGUCUCCCACUUCUACUCGGGCGGGUCCAUGUGUGACGAGAUCUCGGCGCCGCGCUCGGUCGAGGUGAAGCUCAAGUGUAAGCAGUCCGAGUCGCCGAACGCUGUAUCGCUGUACCUGCUGGAGCCGCGGCCGUGCCAGUACAUCCUGGGCGUGGAGUCGCCCAUCGUCUGCCGGCUGGUGGAGCAGGCCGACGACGACGGACUCAUAGACGAGUAGUGGCGGCGGACUCAUAGACGAGUAGUGGCGGUGGACUCAUAGACGAGUAGUGGCGGUGGACUCAUAGACGAGUAGUGGCGGCGGACUCAUAGACGAGUAGUGGCGGCGGACUCAUAGACGAGUAGUGGCGGCGGACUGAUAGACGAGUAGUGGCGGCGGACUCAUAGACGAGUGAUAUCGGGGACCGAGUGAUAGGUAGGCGGUUGAAGCCCCGAGUCGAGAGACAGAGACCGGGCCGGGGUCGGCCAACAACAGCCUAUAAUGAGUUGGUAGCACUCGGGACAGCGAGAUAGGAUCAGGCUGACUCCAAACUACACGGGAUGGGACGACUCAGCUCCAGACUGACAGACGUCACAGCGUGCAGUGUGGUGCAGUGAGCUUAGCUGGGGCGGCUGACGGACCGUGUGGCGGCAGUGACUUCUGAAUUAUAGCUGAACUUUACGACGGUGGAACUCCGGCCUCAGUUGGAGCUCGAGUGGAGACUGAUCUAGUCUGGUUCGGUCUGCCUGGCUGGACGGCCGGGAGUCUCAGUCCAUCAACCUCUGCCUCCGAGACUGCCAGCGGCGGGAAGAUCUACCUGUUCUCAGACUGGUAGUGGCUCCAGUUAGCCGUAUCUACCGUGGCUGGCGCUGUGACUCCUGAGUCCUGAUCAUCGCACCUGUCGACCUCAUAGUCGAGGGGAGGCGCGCUAUCACGAGUGAUUUUGUCUGGGGUUGGGGCCCGGUCACUGAAUUUUAUUGUCCAUCGAUUGCCAGAGAUUCGGCAAUACCACGGGGUGAUGGCUCACAGCGUGAUUAUAUGGUUAUCGUGAACCCCGCGUGCCGAGUGGCUCCUUGUUGAUAUUGUUACAGCCUCGUUUGUGAGUGAUGGGUGUUUAUUGGUUUGUGUGUGGGACUGUGGGUGUUGCCGUCAUUUUGUUUGUGUGUGUGUGGGGGGGGGGGGGGGGGGGGGGUUGCAGUGAUGUGGAAUCCCAUGGUGUAAUUUUAUUCCAAUCACUGGUCUCGAACCCUCCUGCUGACAUCCUAUGUGACCAAGACCUCUUAAAUUAUUUUUGUUGUAGGAAUGUUGGUCAACUGUCAUUGUACUGUAUCAUAAUAAAACCGGUAUAUUCAACUCAACUGUGCAA